ACGAGCCUGCGUAGAUCGGCGGAGAACACGGCCCUGUACUUCCAAAAUCAUGAAGCCUUUGCCCAGGGUUUUGGGCUCAUUCAGGUUGACAGAGCCUUUGAGCACUUGUCAGCUACUCACCAGUUUGUGGAACGAGACAUUUCCUUUGAGGUUUCAGUUAAUGGAACUUCCAAAGGGAUUCACAUGAGAGGAGACAGAGGACAGUGUGAGAAGUCUCAAGAAUUUUCUGUAUCAGUUGAACCAAUUUUCUUCAAUGACAGUGAAGUUGAAGCCGAGAAGAAGAUAGGUUUUGAGAUGCAGAUCUGCAUGGCUUCAAGUGAUGCCAGUGCCACAUGGGUUCAGUUCCCUUCUCACUUGAGCCUCCAGUAUGCUAGUCGCACAUUCAAGGUGAAGGUCGUACCAGAUGACCUUCAACCCGGUUGCCAUUUUACUAGCAUCAUCGCCUACGAUGCCAAGGACCCCCGGAAGGGGCGUCUCUUUGAUGUGCCUGUCACUGUAGUCAAGGCAAGGAAGGUCACUGAAGAAAUGAACUUUGAACUGGAAAUCCAGGAUAUGUCAUUCUCCCAGGGAACUGUGCGGAGGUCCUUUGUUAUCGUGCCGGAUCAUGCGUCCUGGGCGAGGGUAGAGUUACUAGAGAGACAGCAGACAACAUGUGGUCCUGGUACUAGAAAUUCCCCUGGGAAGAGUGGGAGUGGAUCAGGCACUCAGUAUGUCCUUCAUGCCAUUCAGCUCAGCCACCAGGAAUCCUGCAAGUUACAUGAAUACCAUAAAAAUGUUCAUCUGGUUCCUGGCUCCCUCGAAUCUGCUGUCUUUGCGGUCACGGGAGGUUUGACACUGGAGCUUGUGGUGGCAAGGAACUGGAUGGUCGGAGGAGAUGCUCUCGUGUCAGUGAAAGUUGUUUUUGGUGGCAUCGUUGCAUCGCGGCAAGAGUUGACGCUCCACGCGGGGGAUGGGAUCGUGCGUGUCAAUGCCCUUGCACCUCUGCGGAGCGAAGAAUUGGCACCUGUUGCCAUGCUGAAGAACCAUGUUCUUGUUUUGAGACCUGCUGAAUCAAAAAUCCAGCCACUUGGAUCUAGAGAUGUGAUUCCUGUUGGCAGGAGGAUUUUUGCUCUGGUGCUAACUUACAACUUCAACAUCUCUCGUUCAGUGGAGAUUUCACCUGAGAACCCUCUGCUUGGAGAGUAUCUGUAUGAGUCGGAGUAUGAGGGGCAGCUAUGGAUGCUCUAUGAUUCCAAUAAACGUCUUGUUGCCUGUGGUGAUUCCUAUCCAUCAAAGUAUGGAGUGAAGCUGGAAAAAGGGAGCUACUGCCUCCGCACCCAAAUCCGCCACGAGCGCUACGACUUGCUUGCUGGCAUUCAGGAUCUUCUCUUUUACAUCUCCGUUCGCCUUUUCCCUGCGGUUCCAAUGGACAUAUAUCCAUCUUGGGCAGCAGCUGUCACAAAUGGCAAGAAGUUUUCUCCUGUGGUGUUGCCCAAGGGGACAGUAGCCCCCCUGUACAUCUCAACCUUCAUCCCAGAGAAGUCACUGAAAGGUAUACCUGCAGGUCACAUGCUGACAGGUACCCUCACAUUUGGAAAAGAUGAUGCUGUGAAGAGAGCGGAGGUCUAUCCAGUUAGGUUCAUUGUUGGAGAUGCUCCGAAGAAGCACACCACUACUCCAGUAGUAAAAGAAAAAGAGCAGAAAAAGCCAGAAGAAGCAGAACUGCAUGAUGCUGUCAGAGAUUUGAAAAUCUCAUGGAUCACAAAAUUUGGUCUGAGGCCAGAAGGAGUAUCGCUUUAUCAAGAAUUAUGCAAAUCCUAUGAAGAUCAUCUCCCUCUGCACCUGGCCCAUCUCAAUUCUAUG